CGAGCAACUGCAAUGGYGUUCAAAGAAGAAAAYACAUACUUUUUCUUAUCCUUUUCCAUUUGAAAAAGUGCAAAUAUCCCAGUGAGGUUAUAAACUGRCGACAUUUUUUCUUCAAGUCACUAAAAAUGAGCUCUAGAAGAGGAAAUUCGAGUGGAACUAAACCAGGAGCCCUUCGACCUUCUUCAGCAAAAGGAAGAACCAAAAGCAGCAAAGGAGCCAUUUCAUCGCGCUCAAAUGCCAGUGUUGAGUCUGACUUUAGUGAGCUGUCAGUUACUGGUACAAGUAAAAUUGCAAAGAAAACKUACAGAAAAUCAGAUACCCAUGCACGUUCCAGUCAUUCAAGUCCUCUAGUAUCAGGGGAUGCUAGUAGUGACAGUGCUCAAGCAAGACAUAAGCACCAUAAGCAGUAUGAUAUCAACUCUGAGGAUAAUUUAAGAUUCCCAGAAAAUAAAUUGUCAAGAAAAAAAGAAUUAGCUUUGUCAUUUAAGAACAAGCCAUCACCUYGUUCAUCUCAUAGGAAGGAACACCAAUCAGAAGCAGACCUUGAGGAUUGGUGGCCAGGUUCCAACCAUGUCCCUAAAGUACCCCUUCUACAUGACCUGGGCUCCCCAACAGACAACAAACCAGUGAAUUGGUUUACAAACAGUACUGAUGUAGCAGCUUCAAAUGCACAGACCUACAGUCCAAACGACCAUAUUGUUGAUGUCCUGAAUGAAAUGUUGAAUUCUCCUGGUAAUGAAGAGAAACUAGAUAGCAAAGGUAACUCAUCUGGAGAACGRGAGACCAAACAAAGUCCAGUCCCCAAACUCAGACUGAGUGAYAGCUUUGACAAUAAUAAGCUSACUGCAAUCAAGGCUCAGAACAAUGCUGCAGUWGUGAUACAGAAAUGGUACMGAGGYUGGAACGUUAGAAGAAAAACAGGAAAGUCAGCUGUUAAGGAAAUUCUGGGACAGCGAAAACAGGCAGCAGAGAGACUUUCCCURAAUCAUCUUGGMUCAAUGGUUUGUAUUAUGUGAUCGUACAUGUACUGUAACUAAAAUUGAAAUCCUUCACGGUUCCCUUUGUUAUCUUGAAAGGUAGCCAUUGUACAAAAAGAGAUCAUUGAGCAUGCAAUGAUAGAUACCUUUGAAUAAUUGACUGUAGUUAUGAAAGAAGGAUUCUAUAUUUGCAUGUUAAAAAGUUGUCUUAC